GCCUUUCUUGCACUCGCCAAGUCGGCGGCCGUGGUCGCCAUGGCCUUCAUCCCGGUGGCCCCCAGCUCCGACUUCCCCAUCCAGAACCUGCCCUACGGGGUCUUCUCCAGCCCGGACAGCCCAAGGCGGAGGAUCGGCGUGGCCAUUGGGAACCAGAUCUUGGAUCUCAGCGUGAUCAAGGACCUGUUUAACGGGCCAGCCCUGUCCAAACACCAGGAUGUCUUUGAGCAGCCAACCCUCAACAGCUUCAUGGGCCUGGGCACCGCAGCCUGGCAAGAGGCCAGACGCAUCCUGCAGAGCCUCCUCUCUGCGGGCAAUGCUACCCUGAGGGAUAACGAAGACCUGCGCCGACGAGCCUUCGUGCCUCAAGCCUCCGCCACAAUGCAUCUUCCAGCGACCAUUGGGGAUUACACGGACUUCUAUUCCUCUAAGCAACAUGCUACCAACGUCGGGUUGAUGUUCAGAGGGAAGGACAAUGCUUUGAUGCCUAACUGGCUGCACUUGCCCGUUGGCUACCACGGCCGGGCCUCCUCUGUCGUGGUGUCCGGCACGCCGGUCCGCAGACCUGUGGGGCAGACCUGUGCUGAUGAGAAGAAACCCCCGGUAUUCGAGGCCUGCAAACUCUUGGACGUUGAAUUGGAAAUGGCGUUCUUCAUCGGCCCCGGAAACAAGCUGGGAGAGCACAUUCCCAUUCACAAGGCCCACGAGCACAUCUUCGGGAUGGUCCUGAUGAACGACUGGAGUGCUCGGGACAUCCAGAAGUGGGAAUACGUCCCCCUCGGCCCGUUCCUGGGAAAGAGCUUCGCCACCACCAUCUCGCCGUGGGUGGUGCCCAUGGAGGCCCUGGCACCAUUCGCGGUGCCCAACCCGGUCCAGGAUCCCAAACCUCUGUCUUACCUCUGCCAUGAGGAUCCGUACACAUUCGAUAUCAAACUGUUCGUGGCUGUGAAAGGUGAAGGGAUGAGCCAACCAGCCACCAUAUGCAAGUCCAAUUUCAAGCACAUGUACUGGACAAUGAAGCAACAGCUGACGCAUCACACGGUCAACGGCUGUAAUCUCCAACCCGGGGACCUGCUGGCGUCUGGGACCAUCAGCGGGCCUGAUCCCAGCAGCUUCGGCUCCCUCCUGGAGCUGUCGUGGAGAGGGACCAAAGCCAUCGAGCUGGGGUCGGGCCAGUCGCGCAAGUUUCUACAGGACGGGGAUGAGGUCAUCUUAACCGGUCACUGCGAAGGGAACGGUUACCGCAUCGGCUUCGGCCAGUGCUCCGGAUGCGUGGUCCCUGCGAGGUCAGUGGAAUAAAGCGGGCUGCUGGGAAAAUCCAUCCAGAUGAGGAAAGAAGAUGGUCCCAGGUCCAGCUGACAGUUACAUCUGCAGCCAGAGCAGCCAGGAGGGUUGGCCAGUGAAAGGCAACUGGUUUUCCCUGAUGGUAACGAUACUAAUAAUAACAAUAAUAGCGAUAAUAAUAA